AUGGGUGUGAUUUCCGUUGUCACCUUUUUGGCUUCCGCCAAGGAGCACUUCAUUAUAUCUAUCCUACUACUUUUCCCAAUCGCUUUGAUUUUACGUACUAUAUAUCGACUGUAUAUUGAUCCGCUCCAUCAUAUACCAGGCCCUAAGCUAGCAGCAAUCAGUCAUCUCUAUGAAUUCUAUCACGAUGUCGUCCGGGGUGGAUUGUUCAUCUGGGAAAUCGAAAAAAUGCACCAAGAAUAUGGCCCUAUUGUGCGGAUCAACCCGCGUGAAGUCCACAUUAAAGAUCCGUAUUUUUAUGACGAGCUCUAUGCUCCUGCCCACGGGUGGCGAGACAAGGACGCAAAGUCCGUUGAGAUAUUCAGUUCGCCCAACGCGUUGGUUUCAACAGUUGACCAUCAUACCCAUCGCAUGCGCCGGAAGUUACUCACCUCAUUCUUUUCAAGACGGUCGAUCGAGAGGAUCGAGCCGGUUAUCCACGAAUCACUUUCAAAGUUCUUGGAUAGCCUUAUUACGGCCUACGAGGAAGAUUCCGUAGUAGAGCUCAUCGACAGACUCCAAGCGUUGACAGGCCACGUCAUCACACAAUAUGCGUAUGGAGAGGACUAUGGUCUCCACGAACCGCAAAAUAUCGGAAAGGGCAUUGUGAAGGUUGUCCAGGAAGGGACGGAGCAAAUCCACCUGCACCGGUUUUUCCCUCUUAUCCAGCGUUUUUUGCGAUUAAUACCCUCAUUCUUCAUGACUCAGCUCUUUCCAGCCCGAGCGGCAAUGUACGACCUGUUGCAUGGAGUACGAAAGAAAUCAAUAGAGGUGCUUCAGCAGAAGGACGUGUGCACUCCUACCGAGAGAACAACCAUGUUCCAUGCCCUUACAGCUCCGGAGGUACCCCCCGAAGAACGGACGUUGCAACGCCUCGAGGAUGAGGGAUUGGUUCUGUUCGCGGCCGGCACAGAGACCACCGCGACCACCUUAGGAGUGGCUAUAUUCCACAUUCUUAGUGAUCCAAUGGUCCUUACAAAACUUCGCAAAGAGCUUGAACAAGUAAUGCCCACUCCAGAAGGUCUGGCAACAUGGCGGGAGCUUGAAAAGCUGCCAUAUUUGAACGGGGUUAUUCAUGAAGCCUUGCGCUUUUCGGGUCUAGCUAUGCGGCAACAGAGGGUGUCGCCGACCGAGGUAAUCAAAUACAAGGAUUAUGCCAUUCCACCUGGGACUCCCGUUAGUAUGCUUCAAUACUUCUUGCAUACGGAUCCGGCACUGUUUUCCGAUCCCGAGAAAUUUUACCCUGAGCGCUGGAUGCUCGCGGCGGAGCGUAAGGAGAGUCUUUCGAGAUUCCUGGUGACAUUUGGCAAAGGGACACGAUCCUGUAUCGGAAUGAACCUUGCCUAUGCAGAAUUACACACUGCUUUAGCAGCCAUUGUCCGUCGAUUCGAUCUGGAGCUUUACGAGACAACUGCGGAGGAUAUUCGUUUCGUGCGAGACAAACUGCUCCCACGGGCCAAGAAUGGUCCCUGGAGAGUUCGAGUGAAAGUUGUGGGCAUCCGCAAAGACUAG